AACUUUGGUUCUUUUUUGUGUGUAUUUAUAAUCAAUGAUGGUUGUGAUGAGUGAAAACACUUUUACAGAAACUAGAACAAAGAGUUGAAAGAAAAUUAUUAUUAUGUCACCAGUUGGAUUACCACCAGGUUUCAGGUUUCAUCCAACUGAUGAAGAGCUUGUCAAUUAUUAUCUAAAGAGGAAAAUCAAUGGUCAAGAAAUUGAACUUGAUAUCAUUCCUGAAGUUGAUCUUUACAAAUGUGAACCUUGGGAAUUAGCAGAGAAAUCAUUUUUACCAAGUAGAGAUCCAGAGUGGUACUUUUUCGGACCGCGGGACAGAAAAUACCCUAAUGGAUUCAGAACAAAUAGAGCAACUAGAGCAGGAUAUUGGAAAUCUACUGGAAAAGACAGAAGAGUUUCAUCCCAAAGUAGACCUAUUGGUAUGAAGAAGACUUUGGUUUACUAUAGAGGCAGAGCUCCUCAAGGAAUUAGAACUGAUUGGGUCAUGCAUGAGUAUCGUCUUGAUGAUAAAGAGUGUGAGGACAACUCUGGAGGAUUACAGGAUACUUACGCAUUGUGUCGCGUGUUCAAGAAAAAUGGAAUCUGUUCUGAUAUGGAAGAGCAACAAGCGCAAUGUAGUAUGUCGUCGCUAAUCGAAUGUUCUCAAACCAUAAUCAACGAGUGUGAAACGAUGUCUCCGGACAUACUAGGAGCAUCAUCUUCAUGCUUAGAAGAGGAAGACAAAGAUGAUUCAUGGAUGCAAUUCAUUACAGAAGAUGCAUGGUAUUCUUCUAAUGCAGCAACAAUGGUUGGUUGUGAAGAAGUUUCACAUGCUACAUUUACAAACUAAUAUUUUCAAGACUUCAUGGAAAUCAAGAUUGGUGCAUGGUGAAUAAUUUGAAAGCUGGAAUAUAUAAUAUAAUUAAAUAUACAUUUCAUCAUAUAUAUAAUAAAAUAUUUAUACACCUUUACCAUAACUGUUAGUAGGAGAUUUAACUUUUUGUUUUUUUUUUCUUCUGAUUAUUAUACUUAUAAUUGGUGAUUAUGGCUUGGUUUGGUUGGUGGACUUGUUUAGGGUCAUAUUAUAAGGCAUUGGUUUUUAUAUAUGCAUUUUUGUACUAAACCUCUAUCUUGAGGUAUAUUUUGGUGUUACUUAAUUGUGGAAUAAUGAUAAAUAACAAAAGUGUUAUAUUAGUCUCAUUGUAUUUCUCUUUUGAGAAAGGAAUUAUAUAUAACAA